AUGGAAGAAAGCGAACAAGGAGAUCAAGAAUGCAUUUACCAAACCAGAGCUCAUUUUGAUCAUCUUGAUCAAGUUAUCGAAUGCCUGAAUAUUUUGGUCAAACCCAACCAAGGCCAAGACCGAGCUCAGGUUCAAGACACACAAGCCAAAGCUAUUCUUUCCAUUCGCGAUGUGCUUGCCUUGUAUCAAGAACAAGCUCAUUUACUUGACCAUCACCUUGAAGACUUGGUUGAACCCGCAGUUGCAAAACUCCGCAAGGAUAUUGACAUCUGGGGACAAACUCAUACAGUGUCAACCCAAACUCACCUAUUGUUUCGGUACCUGUAUCUAUUGACAAAGACUCGAGGAUACAAGACAAUUGUCAAAUUCAUGUCACAUAAUGUGGAUGAUCUUGAGCCUGUUUUUGAAUUUUUAUGUAGUCUGGACCCUAGUGACAGCAGGACAUGGGAAAGUCGCUAUGUUUGUUUCAUCUGGCUUUCGUUGAUUUGCAUGAUUCCGUUUGAUCUAAAGCGAGUUGACAGUGGAGCUGGACAGAAAUCCCAAGAGUCCUUGAUUGUCAAGAUGUUGACACUGUGUAAGAGCUAUCUGCAGAUAACCGGUAAAGAAAGAGAUGGUGCAAGUCUCUUGGUUGCCAGACUGCUGAGCAGACGUGAUCUUUGCGAUGAACAUUUAAUUCCUUUUAUCCAGUGGUGUGAACAAAGACUUGGCUCAGAAAUCGAUGUUUUUGAAACUGCUGGCAUUCUCUCUAGUCUGUGCGAUACAUAUCAACUGUCUCCUAGAGAAGUUCUCUGGCCAACAUUGGAUGAUCAUAUCAUUCCAAUUCUUAAUCUACCCUUCUUUGCCACCUUUGCGGACAAUGCUCUUAUCCGUAAAUUACGUACAAAACUUACCCAACGUGUCGGUCUCUGUUAUCUCAAACCAAAGAUUGCUACCUGGAGAUAUCAACGAGGCAAUCGAUCGUUGAGGCAGAAUUUGGAGACUACAGAUAUUUCUGGAAGUUCUCAAACACACACCAACCGCGUCAAAUCCAAGACAGUAGGAGAAGAGGAAGAGGAAGAGGAAGAAGAAGAAGAUAUUUCUGAAAAUCUUGAAGUCAUUUUUGAUAUUCUAUUGACCGGACUUCGUGACAAGGAUACAAUUGUGCGAUGGUCGGCAGCAAAGGGAAUAGGACGAAUUACUCAGAGAUUACCACGCGAACUUGCAGAGGAUGUUAUUGGGUCUAUUUUAGAGUUAUUUGAAGAAAACACUUAUACCGAUCCCAAAACCCAAAAGAUUGACAUGACGGCUGUAUCCGAGAAUACCUGGCACGGAGCAUCCCUUGCUGUGGCCGAACUUGCUCGUCGAGGGCUGUUACUACCUGAACGACUGACGGAAACUGUUCCUUGGAUUGUGCACGGUCUCAAAUUUGAUUUGAAACGAGGAUCACACUCAAUUGGUUCUCACGUCAGAGACGCUGCCUGUUAUGUGUGCUGGUCAUUUGCAAGAGCCUAUGCACCUUCUAUCCUUGAACCAUUCGUUGAAAAGAUUGCACAGAAUUUGGUCGUAGUAUCCGUGUUUGAUCGUGAGAUUAAUAUCCGUAGAGCCAGUAGUGCUGCAUUUCAGGAGAAUGUUGGCAGACAGGGAAUCUUUCCUCGUGGAAUUGAUAUCAUUCAAACGGCAGAUUACUUUUCAGUUGGUAAUCGAAGCAAUUCAUUUUUGUCUGUUGCUAUUGAGAUUGCAAAGUUUGAUGAAUAUCGUUACCAUUUGAUUGACCAUUUGGUGAACAUUACUGCCAAACAUUGGGACAAGGCUAUGCGAGUUCUUGCCUCAAAGGCACUGUUUGAGCUUACUGCUCUUGAUCCAAUCUACAUGAUAAACACAGCUAUUCCAACCUUGAUACCUUUUACUGUGUCCAAGGAUCUACAAAUCUCACAUGGUGCCAUGUUGGCUUUAGCUGAGAUCUGCUUGGCAUUAGGAGAGUGUCGUCAAAAAGAUGCAAAACUAGAAGAAUAUUGGCAGUCCAAGUCAGAGAUGAUAAAGUCUAUUGCAAAUAUUGUACCUUUACUUCCUCCAAGAUCCUUGACAACGUUUGGUUCCGAACACAUCCGUGAGGCGGCUUGUCACUUGAUCGAAUGCCUUUCAUAUGCAAAGUUUCCAUCGUUUCCGGACACCAAGAUCCUGGAGUCUUGGAAGAGUAUGGUGCUUAGCUCUCUGAGACGCAAAGAAGAAAACGUGCAAGAAUAUGCCGUGGCUGCGUUUGGGGCCAUGCUUGGACAGUAUGGAAUCACACAGCAAGACAUGGACAUGUUCUUGGAGAGCAUUCUUGUGGAUAGUGUGAUGUAUGCUCGGCGAGGAUUUGCACUUGCACUUGGUACGAUUAAGUAUGACACAGAGCAGCGACUGGUCUGGCUACAUGUUGUGAUUGAGAAGUUGUGUUUUGCCACUCGCAAGCAGAAAGACGAACAGUAUGCAAAUGAUGCAGCAGCUAAAAGAAACGCGGUCAUUGGUCUGACUAAUAUUCUUAAAGGUCUUGGAGAUAGACUAAAAGAAGUGAUUUCUUUAGAAGAGUUCAAAUUGAUUCUAUUUACUCUGGAGACCUGUCUGACAGACUACAGUAUCGAUCAACGUGGUGAUGUUGGAUCGUGGGUGCGCGUGGCAAGCAUGGAGUGUUUGCACUACCUGAUUCCUCGUGUCGCCGGACUGGAUACGCCUGGCUCCAAAUAUCUGACCAAGGAUGACACUGGUCGCGUGAUUUCUGCGUUACUCAAACAGGGUGUUGAGCGUAUCGACAGAGUGAGAGCCAGUGCUGGUGUGGUUGUCAAUGAUUUCAUUGACCCUGUGUCUCCAACGUCUCCUCAGAUGGCGAUGGAAAUACCUGGUCGAGAUGUACUUCAGAAACACAUUACACGUGACCUAUCUUGGGCAUCGGCUUCUACCUUGUAUCCCGUCAUGGUUCAUAUUCUUGCCCUUCCGAUGUAUCGGUUUGAGCUCCUUACUGGGUUAAUUUCCAGUGCGGGAGGAUUAACUGAAUCAUUGGUUCGUCACUCUAGUGCUUGUUUGAUUGAGUAUAUGAACAGCCUUCCGGUGGGACAAACCCAAGUUAAAACUACAGCUACAGUUAAAACUAAUGUCCAACCCCAAAACCAAAACCAAAACCAAAACCAAGAUCAAGAUCAUGGCCAGUCAGCUACUAUCGGUACCAGUGAGGCCACACUCCAGGAUAUUUCAAUGACACUUCUUGCCAUAUUUGCCAAAAAUGAAAAAUAUGACCGAAUCACACUACCUCUAUUGGAUGUUAUCGGCUUGUUGUAUGAAUCAGGAACUCUUUCAAAGUUAGAAGAUGAAACAAUUCAUUCAAAAAUACUUUCUUACACUAGACGAGAGACUUUCAGGUGCAAAAACAUAAAGAAGCUACUGUCGGCUAUCAAAGUGUAUGUUGGGCUUAUUCUUCUACAGAAUACAGCAGUCAAAACAAAGGCUCUUCAACAAAUGUUGUCUUAUUUGGUACAUGCAUUCCCUCGAAUUCGUGUAGAAGUUGCAGAUCAACUCUAUACAUAUAUCUCCCUUUUGGAUGAAGAUGAACUAACAGUUGAACUCCAAGAGGCAGAAGAAAUCAUUACAACCACUGAUUGGUCGGGUCCAGUAACGGAAAUCAAGCCAGUCAGAGAUGAACUCUAUACACUUUUCGAUAUCCCAAAGCCAGUGCUUAAAGCAAGUGCUUAA